UUACUGAUUUAUUAUCACAUUCCACAAAAAAAAUUAAUGUUAGUACACUUAUUCAUAUUGUGAACUGGUUUAAUUAUUUUUAUGUAAAGAUGACUACACCUAGAUCAAAAUCACCUAAGUCUCAGACUUCUUUCAGAAAAGAUGACAGCAAAGAAGAAACAUUUUGGGAUAAAAUUGGAACAUUAGGUCGUAAAAAGCGUAUUAAGGAAGUACAAGAAGUUCAAGAAGAAGGUAAAUAUGCCAUCGACUCUCCAGGAAAUCCUGCCCUUGCUGAUGUGUCUCCUGAAGAAUAUAAUCUUGAAGAGAAUGAAGAGCGAACAAUGGUUGAACCAAAAUCAUAUUCAGAUCCAAAAUUACAAGAGUUAAUGACCAUAUUAAUAGACUGGGUUAAUGAUGUAUUAGCAGAUCAUCGUAUUAUUGUAAAAAAUUUAGAACAAGACUUAUAUGAUGGUCAAGUAUUACAGAAAUUAUAUGAAAAACUAACAAAUGAAAAACUCGAUGUACCUGAAGUAACACAAUCUGAAGAAGGUCAAAAACAGAAACUUUAUGUUGUACUUGGAGCAGUAAAUAAUAUUUUGGGAUUAACAGGAAACAGAUUAUCUCAACAAAAAUGGAGUGUGGAGAGUGUUCAUUCCAAAAAUCUUGUUGCCAUUUUACAUUUACUUGUAUCACUAGCACGUCAUUUUAGAGCCCCUGUUCGACUUCCUGAAAAUGUUACAGUUAAUGUUGUGAUUGUACAGAAACAAAAUGGUGUAUUAAAAAACAGAACAGUUAUCGAAGAAAUCACUUCUAGAUAUGAUGAUUUAGGUAUGCGCUGUGAACGUGAUGCUUUUGACACAUUAUUUGAUCAUGCACCAGAUAAAUUAGAAGUAGUUAAAAAGUCUUUAAUAACAUUUGUUAACAAACAUCUCAACAAAAUCAAUAUGGAAGCAAGAGAUUUAGAUACACAAUUUCAUGAUGGUGUCUAUUUGACUUUAUUGAUGGGACUGUUAGAAGGAUUUUUUGUGCCAUUGUAUUCUUUUUACUUAUCACCUCAAAAUUUUGAACAAAAAGUACAUAAUGUGAAUGUUGCAUUUGAUCUUAUGCAAGAAGUUGGACUGGCUAUUCCAAAAGCCAGACCGGAAGAUAUAGUGAAUUUGGAUUUAAAAUCAACAUUAAGAGUCCUGUACAAUCUUUUUACAAAAUACAAAAAUGUAUAUUAACUAUUAUUAUUAAAACAUAUGAUUUUAUAUUUUUAUUAAUUUUAGCACCAUUUGUUGUCUUAGCUAUAUCACAAUUUAAAGUUUAAAAAACUUCACAAAUUUUAGAGUAACAACUUAACAUAUGCUGAAUUUUUUUUUAAUAACACUAUAUUAAACAAAUGUACUUAUAUAUUUCUAUUUUUGUAAAUUUUGUAUAACAUU